UCUAUUUGAUGAGCAAGUUUAUCAAAUAAACCCACUACUUCUUUAGAUUAAUCAGAGCUCUAGCCAGUGAUUAUUUCUCAACACCAUGGGAGAUGCAAUUCAUCACCAAACUAAACCUCAUAUAGUAAUGGUACCCACACCAGGAAUGGGUCACCUAAUUCCACUCACCGAGUUAGCCAAACGACUCGUUGACGAUCACAACUUUUCGGUUAGCUUCUUAAUCCCUUCUGAUGGUUCUCCAUCCAUAGCAAUAAAAUCUGUCCUUGAUGAGCUACCUGAAACCAUAACCUACACUUUUCUGUCUCCGGUUAACUUUGAUGACCAACCCGAAGAUGUUGAUAUUGAAACAAUCAUUUCACUUACCAUCUUUCGAUCUUUAUCUUAUCUCCGGGAAGAAUUGCAACGUAUAACGUCUAGUAAACGCGUUGUGGCACUCGUUGUUGAUCUCUUCGGUACGGAUGCUUUCGAUGUUGCAAAGGGAUUCGGAAUCCCGCCAUAUAUUUUCUUCCUUUCUAAUGCUCAUUUGUUACAGUUACUCUUCCAUUUAUCUAGUCUCCAUGAGAGCUAUAUUGGCGAGUUUGGGGAUCUGCCGCAACCACUAUGUCUUCCGGGUUGUGUUCCAUUUCCUGGGUCCGAUAUUCUUUCACCGCUUCAGGACAAGAAAAGUGGCGGCUACAAAUGGUUCUUGCAUCACUCUCGACGGUAUAGUUUGGCUGAAGGUAUUUUGGUUAACACAUUCAUUGAUUUGGAACCAAAUGUUUUGAAGGUCUUGAUGACAGAACAACUGGGAAUACCACCAAUUUACCCGGUUGGACCUGUUACAAAGAGUAGCUCGAGUAAGAUGCCAGUUGAUGAUGGUUCAGGUUGUUUGAAAUGGUUAGAUGAUCAGCCUCCCGAGUCCGUCUUAUUCGUAUCAUUCGGAAGCGGUGGGAACCUACCAUAUGAACAGCUGAUUGAAUUGGCAUAUGGAUUGGAAAUGAGUGAGAAAAAAUUCAUAUGGGUCGUGAAAAGCCCGAGUGAAACCGCGAAUGCUUCUUUCUUCAAGCACACCAGCAAGGACCCAUUUGAUUUCUUACCUGAUGGGUUUGUAAAUAGGAUAAGCGGCUCUGGACUGUUAGUACCUUCAUGGGCACCGCAGAUCCAAAUCCUAAGCCACGGCUCGACCGGUGGAUUUUUGAGCCAUUGCGGGUGGAAUUCGACGCUAGAGAGCAUUGUUUGUGGCAUUCCAAUGAUCACAUGGCCUCUUUUCGCAGAACAAAGAAUGAACACCGUAAUGUUGGUUGAGGACGCAGGAGUUGGAGUCCGACCAAAGCCCAACGAAAACGGUUUGAUUAUGCGAGAAGAGAUUUCUCGAGUUGUUAGAACAUUGAUGGGAGAAGGAGAAGGAAAGAGUCUUAGAAGUAAGAUGAGAGAACUUAAGGAUGGUGCUGCUAAGGUAUUGAGUGAAAAUGGGUCAUCUAAGAUAUCACUCCUUGAUGUAGUAAACAAGUGGAAAAACCCUGCAUGCUAAGAACAAGUUCAUUUGAUUCUUCUUCUUUUCCAUUCGGUUUUUCUUUCCUAUAUUCAGAAAAGUAUCUUUCUGUUGUUUAUCAUGGAUUGUUUGAGUUUGAAUGAAUAAUAUUUCUCCAUUUGGUUUGGAA